AUGGCCAGCCUGUCCUUCUUCGCGCGCCCCGCGCUUGCCGCCGGCGCACGCAUCGAAAAGCGCCCCGCCAGCCGCUCAGUCGUGCUCACCUCGGAGCCGCGCCACAAGAAGAUCAAGGUCGCCAAGCAGCAGAAGGAGGUGGUCGAUGUCCGACACCGCCAGCUCAUGACGCCGCAGCCGUCGAGCGACGCGCCGGAGCCACCUUCGGACGCCUCGGACGAGCACCACUAUCGGGUACUUCCGCGCCACCGGCUCAUGACGCCCAGCACCUCCACCGUCGCUGCGUCAUCCUCUCCUCGCCGCAUGUCCUCGCCACCUGCCCACCACAACCACCGCACCAUCCAGCCGAGCCACGCCGUCAUGCUCACAGAGGACGCGCACCUCCUGUUCGGACGACACAGGGAACGCGCCCACCGCCCCGCCACGCUUCCGCUCCCCGCUACGCUGAAGCAGUACGUCGAGUGCCCUGGCCGCAUUGCCCGCCAUGUCAUCCUCGACCGUUCCGCCCGCCAUGCGUCCAGGCAACACGCCCUCGUCGAGCUUGCCGGAGAGCGCGUGCGUAUCGUCGUUCUGGGCCAGAACGGCAUGCGCGUGCGCACCGCUUCCGGCGUCACCCGCCUCGCCCGCGGAUCUGUUGCGGAAUACGAUGUCGGCGCCGACCUGACGCUCGACUUCUACGGAGCCGCUGUUGCGCUCAAGACGAACGAGCGUUUGUUCACGCCAGAGCCGGAACCGGAAGAGGUGCGCAGCCGUGACUCGCCGCUUUCUCUCCCGCCUUCUUCUCCUCCCGUCAUGGGCAUGGAUCUGGACGACGAGGAGCUCUCGGAGCCCGAGGACGAGCCGCUCUCGCCUCCGUCGCCUGUCUCCCGUCCACUUUCUCCCCCGCCAGCGCUCGUCGAGGUCAAGCAGGAGAUGCUCGAGAAGCCUGCCUCGCGCGCUUCGACCCCCAAGCCUACAAAGGCCGCCACGCCGAAACCCGCCACGCCAAAGGUCUCCAAGUCUCGCGCGGCCACGCCGGCCGCCGAGGUUCCCCCGCUUCCCGCCGGUCUCGACCUCCCCGCGCUCCUCGCGUCUACCGUCGUCUUCUCUGGAUCCUCAAAGCUCUCUCUCCCCGACCUGGUCCGUUCUCUCCUCGAGUCCCAGCCCUCGAUGCGCGACCAUGGCGAUGAGUCGACCUGGGCGCUCUGGGCCGGCGCCGAGCUCGAGUCCAACUCCAUGUUCGGCAAGGUCUCGCGUAACGGCAAGGACUCGUCCGGCCACCCCCUUCUGCCGCACUACUUCUACAACCCCGCCAACGACCCCGACGCCGCGCGGGCAAAGGAGCUCGGCGGCCUCGUUAGGCCGUUACGCGCCGCUCAGCGCGCGGGCGGAAAGGCUAUUGACUGGCGACCAGUUGGACGGGGACGCCGUCUCUGA